AUCUCCGUCGAGCACCCAGCCCCUUCCUCCUCCUCCUCCUCCUCCUCGUCGUUCCGCCUCCGGCCAUGGCCGCCGCGCUGUCCGCCGUCGUCUCCGCCAAGCUCGGCUGCCCGCCGGCGGCGGCGCUCGGUAGCUGGAAGGGAAGCAGAAUUUCAAGCAGAAACCUGGUCUCCAUGAAGACGAUGACAGCAAGGAGAGGCCUCGUCUCCCUCAGAUCCCCUCGCUUCCGCGUCUUCUGCGCGGCGAAGGCGGAGACGGUGGGGAAGGUGAUGCAGAUAGUGAAGCAGCAGCUGGCGCUGGGGGAGGAGGCGAAGCUGGCGCCGGAGUCGCAGUUCACGGAGCUGGGAGCGGACUCGCUGGACACGGUGGAGAUCGUGAUGGCGCUGGAGGAGGAGUUCGGGAUCACCGUGGAGGAGGACAACGCCCAGAGCAUCACCACCAUCCAGGACGCCGCCGACCUCAUCGACAAGCUCGUCGCCGGCGGCGGCGGCAAGCCCCCCGCCGCCGCCUGAAUCUGAUCUUCUUCUUCUUCUUCUUCUUGCUCUGAAACCAUCGCCACUUCUGUUUGAUGAAGAAGAGACGUCAGUCUAGCUAGCUCGAGUAGCACAUUUGUCAUCAGAGAGAAGUUGAUUCUUUGCGCUUCUAGUCAUCGAUCGGUGUGUAUUUGCGUGUAAUUUCGAACAAUUUUGUCACUUAGGUUGCUCGAUUGAUUGCUACUACUAGUACUAGUUUACUUAUGUACUUUUGCUGCCGUUUUUUUUUUGUUCGGUACAAUUUUAAAUUUUAGAUGAUGGGGUUUUCAUAAAGCAAAGUAAUGUCUGCCUGGCCAAA